UGGAUGCUGGGGAAUGUGAUGUGCAAGCUGGUAAGGUAUGUACAGUACCUCACUCCUGGAGUCCAGAUCUAUGUGCUCCUCUCAAUAUGCGUGGAUCGAUUCUACACUAUCGUCUACCCCCUGAGCUUCAAAGUGUCCAGGGAGAAAGCCAAGAAAAUGAUUCUGGCCUCUUGGCUUUUUGAUGCUGUCUUUGCAUCACCAGCUUUUUUUUUCUAUGGCUCCAACAGGGAUGACCACUGCAACUUUUUUCUCCCCAAUUCUUGGGAAGGAGUCAUCUACAGUAUCAUCCACCUCUUGGUGGUGUUUUUGAUCCCAUCCCUCCUCAUUAUCCUCUUCUACCAGAAAGUUGUCAAGUACAUUUGGAGAAUAGGCACCGAUGGCAUGACUGUCAGAAGGACGAUGAAUAUUGUCCCAAGAACAAAGGUGAAAACCAUCAAGAUGUUCUUAAUGUUAAACUCAGUGUUUCUCCUGUCCUGGCUACCUUUUUAUGUGGUACAGCUGUGGCACCCGCAGGAAACAGACUACAGAAAGAGCUCCUUGGUUUUCCUGGCCAUCACUUGCAUCUCUUUCAGUUCUUCAGCCUCUAAGCCAACCCUCUACUCAGUGUACAAUGCAAACUUCAGAAGAGGGAUGAAAGAAACUUGUUGCAUGUCCGCCAUGAAAUGCUACAGAAGCAACGCGUACACCAUCACCACCAGUUCCAGGAUAGCAAAAAAAAACCACGUUGGGAUCGCAGAAAUCCCAGCUCCGGCCAAACCUGUCACCAAAGACUCCAUCUAUGACGCUUUUAACAGAGAAGCAAAGGAAAAAAAGCUUGCCUGGCCUAUUCAGUCUAAUCCCCCAAAUACAUUUGUCUAG